GUAGUUCAAGCUGAUGUCACCGAGGCGGAGCCUAGGGCACUGUGGAAGGCUGGCAGAGGAUCUGGGCCAGUGGACUUGUGAGGUCAAAUUGCUAGUCUGGGCAGCUGGUCUGCUGCUCCUUCUGGGACAGGGAGGUGAUUGGAGUGGAGUGCGGGAGCCAGAAAGGAAGAAAUACUAAUGAUGUCUUCCAGGUGUGACCAUGUUUUAGAACCAAUAUCACAGAGAAACACCAACCGCCUUCCUGGAAUGAACUCCAAUGACUCAAAGAUGCUUACAGGAGAUGUGCUAAGUUUUCGUAACAUCACCUAUCGAGUGAAAGUGAAAAGUGGAUUUUUAGUCCGGAAAACAGUUGAGAAAGAAAUACUCUCAGAUAUCAAUGGGAUCAUGAAACCUGGCCUCAAUGCCAUUCUGGGACCCACAGGCGGAGGCAAGUCUUCGUUGCUAGAUGUCUUAGCAGCAAGGAAGGAUCCACGAGGAUUAUCUGGAGAUGUUUUGAUAAAUGGGGAACCUCAACCUGCCAAUUUCAAAUGCAGUUCAGGUUAUGUGGUUCAAGAUGACAUUGUGAUGGGCACCCUGACAGUGAGAGAAAACCUUCAGUUCUCAGCAGCUCUUCGCCUUCCAAUGACUAUGAGGAAUCACGAAAAAAAUGAACUGAUUAACAAGAUCAUUAAAGAGUUAGGUCUGGAGAAAGUAGCAGAUUCUAAGGUUGGAACUCAGUUUAUUCGCGGUGUCUCUGGAGGAGAAAGAAAAAGGACAAGCAUCGGAAUGGAGCUGAUCACUGACCCUUCCAUCCUCUUCCUGGAUGAGCCUACCACUGGUUUGGAUUCAAGCACUGCGAAUGCUAUCCUUUUGCUCCUGAAAAGGAUGUCUAAACGGGGUCGAACAAUCAUCUUCUCUAUUCAUCAGCCUCGGUAUUCCAUCUUUAAGUUGUUUGACACCCUCACCUUAUUGGCCUCCGGGAAACUCGUGUUCCAUGGGCCAGCACAGGAGGCCUUGCAGUUCUUUGCAUCAGCAGGUCACCACUGCGAGGCCUACAAUAACCCUGCAGAUUUCUUCCUUGAUGUCAUCAAUGGAGAUUCUUCUGCUGUAAUGUUAAAUAGAGAGGAAGAAGACUAUGAAGCAAACAAGACUGAAGAACCUUCCAAGAGGGAGAAGCCAAUAAUAGAAAACUUAGUUGAGUUUUAUGCCAACUCUUCCAUCUAUAGAGAAACAAAAGCAGAAUUAGAUCAGCUUCCAGGGGCUCAGAAAAAGAAAAGAAUAUCAACCUUCAAAGAGCCCACAUAUGCUACCUCCUUCUGUCAUCAGCUCAGAUGGAUUGCCAGGCGUUCAUUCAAGAAUUUGAUCGGGAAUCCUCAAGCCUCUAUGGUACAGGUAAGCCAGCUAAUGCCAGCUGUGCUAUGAAAUGUUCAUGAGGAAGAGCUUGGUUCCUAGUUCUUUUUCUCUGCUUCCCUUAUUCUACUACUAUUAUACAUGUUUAAGAGUUUUAUUUAUAUUCUACUUACCCUUCUAUUUCUCUGUUGUCUCCACUCUAUCUCUACUAGCAGAUGCUGAAGUUUCAGUAUCAAAUUGCAAACAACACUCUCCUUCUGGUUCUCUCCCAUGAGUAGUAAAAUUUGGUGAAAAUCAUUCUUAGUUCAUGAGCUUACAAACAUAUACAGUUGGCCCUGUUUGUCAUUUGUGUCACAGCUUAUAGACCUUUGCAUAGUUUUUAAAAACAGUGUAUGAUUUUUAUUUCUGUAACUAUUGGUUUGAUACAAUGUUUCUAUGGUGUUAUGAUGAUAAAUAUUUUGUUUGCAAUAGCUGAUCUUUGGCAUGAACUAGUUAGUUAUUUACACAAUUUAGGCUUGGCAUAUAACCAGAUGUGGUUAUGUGUGGAAUAUCUCAGAAUGAAUGUGCAACCUGUACGUAAAAUUUUAUUCUAUUUAAUGUGCUAACAUUUUUUGGAUCAAAUCCAUUUGGAAAAGAUAUUGGUCUCUUGUAGAGUCAUUGGUGGCUGACUAUGAACUCAUAAUUUUAAAUUGUAAUCACUCAGAACACUCUGAAAACACGUAUAAAUACAUUUGAAUAAAGAUCCAAUAACAGCUUUG